GGUAUGCUUUAGUUUGAGAUUGAUUUUGGAUAUUUCAUGAUGCGGUUCAAGGAUUGCGUAAUACACGUGCAUGUGAUUCUGUGAGCAAUACUACAUGGACAGAAGUAAGUUACGAGAUGCUUUAAAGCUUGAUUUCUUGAUUCAAGAGAUUAAAGGUUUGGAAAAUUUGCCAAGUAGUGACGUAAGUGAUACGAACGAAGAUGACAACGAUAUAAGCAUUACUGACGAUGGACCAGUUUUCUGUCCAAGUGGCCUUGGUACUAGUUUAGAUACUGUUAUCAAAACAGAUAGACAAUGGUUAAAAGAUAUUAUAUGUGAUGAAUCAUCAGAUUCUGAAACUGAUGAUGAAUAUUUAGAACACGAACUUCGCCUGCGAAAUUCUGUUAAGUUUUAUAGAAAAACUCUUCAAGCUGACCCGUAUUUAUCAAAAUACAUGUACUUUGGCUCGGAUGUGCACACGGGAGAUGAAAAGUGGUUCACUAAUUUUGAAAGUGUUGUCGGUAAAUAUAAACUAAAAGGAAACAAAUCCAGAAAACCUGGGAAAUCAAGGGAGGAUCUCUCUGAACUGGAUUUGGAGAUGCAUGAUGCAUUUAUGUCGCCAAAAUUUAAACUUGAGCAAAGAUUUACAAGUAAUAGUCAGUGGCAUUUGCUUGGGCAAAACAUGCAAUUCAACAUGAAUUUAGUUCGGCAAAGGGUGUGGAAAACUAUAGCAAAAAGAGAAAUUCCAAAAGCCCACAAGCAACGCUGUCGCAAUCAAGUUGCAAAAAUAUCAUCAUUAAAAAAGCUUUGCAAAGAAACGGCACAGUAUGUACGGAACAAGUCAAAAACAAAGUUAUCAAAAGAGGCAGCAACAAAUUCUUCUAGACGUCAAAUGCGAGAACAUGGUUUAAAACAAAUACCACCAGAGAGGUGUAAGAAAAGGCAGACAAAAAAAGCUGUCACAACCUGAUACCUGUUUUAAUAAACACUGUAUUUAUCCCAAUUUCUAACCACAUUAUUUUUCAUAUCUA